CACUACUUCCGGUUAAAACCCCUUGUCCGGAGGGUGACGUGGUUUAAACGACGUUGGCCACCUCGCCUCGCCUCUCUCCUUUGGACCCCCACGUGUCUAUUUCUUCAGAGGAGGCGUUUUCUUUUAACUCAAGCGGAAGUUGGCAAAACGGGUGUGUACACGAAAUGGGGCGGGUUUAAAAAACAUCUUCGUAGAAAACAAAACCGAGACGAGGGCCAGGUAGGUAGUUUAACUUCUGCCCUGCAGUGGUAUAAAUAACAUGAUCAAACGUUUAUGCACACCGGAGUGAACAGAACAGAUUGUCAAGAUGUCAGAUUCAGACUCCGGUUCUGAAUAUCUUGAUUGCGGGGAUCUCAGGAGACAGACACAACGUAUAUUUGGUCAUGACUUUCCAGUUUUAACCCUACAUCCGUCAGAGGAGACGUAUAAAACGUGGCACAGCUUUCCUCUUUGUGUCAGAUUGAAACAUGGCAAGGCGCUGAAGGUGUGUUCCUUCUGGCUUCCCAUGGUGCUGCAGCGCCAGCGGGUCAACAGCACCACCCGCUGGGCCAUGCAAGUGGGCUUCAUAGACACAGUUGAAAGUGACUUGGAGUUGACCCACGUGUACAAGAUAGAAGUAAUUGAGUCUGUUCUCAGAGCACUGGACAGAGGAUGUGUCAGUUUGGACAACACCAAGCACCUGAUUUGGAUAAGCAAUAAUUUGAACUUGCAUGUCCCAGAGGUACUUGACGAUGCCCUACAGUGGCUACAGCGUACAGGAGAGCCCAACAUCUGCCAACAAGUUCUGGAUCUUGGCCCAAAAGAAAUCUGCUUCCUUGCAAUACAAUACAUCUUUGCAGAAUACGCUCAGUUUGUUCAGUCCAUGGGAGUUAAUGCAGAAGGAAUGGUGAGAGCCUUGACUCGUCAUCACAAUGACGCCGAUAAAGUGAAAAGUGAAGAUAUGAAAACGAAAGGGAAUACAUUCUUUCAAAAGAAAGAGUACGGGGCUGCUAUUAAGUGUUACACUCAAGCCAUCAGACAUACCCCUGAGAACCAUAUGGUGUAUGCAAACCGAGCCUUGUGUUAUAUCCGUGUUGAGAAAUAUUUAAAAGCUGUUGGAGAUGGAAAACGAGCCACUUUGCUUGAGCCAUUCUGGGCAAAGGGUCACUACCGUUACUGUGAGGCAUUGUUCUCCCUUAAAGAGCACAGAAAAGCCAUCGAAGCUAAUGAAUUAGCACAGUGCAUUUGCAUACCCAGCGGUGAUGGCCUGAAGGACCUUGUGCAGCAAAAGAAAAAAUUCAUCUCGGAAAUGACAGAAAAAGCCGGACCACUGCCAGAAACCAAGAAUAAACGACAAGGUAUUAGCAGCAAGUCCAAUCCUGGAACCUCGCUCCCAUCUACAGACAGGCCUGCAGUUAAAGUCGACACAAAACUGGCAUCUGGCAAAGUCCCACAUGUCAAGGCGAAAAAGACCAAUCCAGGGUUGAAGGAAGGCAUUACCCCUGCAUUGAUCAAUUCCAAACUCUCCAAACAGCAAAAAAGUGAGACUGAUAGGAGUAAGAACGAAGGCCCGAAAGUCGACAUGAUGAACAAGUCCAAGAAUGAGAAGGAUCAUUCUAAGGAAAAGAAUGUAGCGAAGAGUCCCAAAACCAACAUGGCCUGCAUCGCAGCCCUGCGGUCAGCAGUGCAGGACGGCUACGUGGCCCUCGCUGACCUUAGAUGCUGGCUGGCAGAGAAGGCCUUCUCCCAGGCGCUCGCGUUGCUCCAAACGACCCCACCCAAGGACCUUGGAAUCUCGACCCUGGAUGAAGCGGUGUUGCACUAUGGCCGUGCGUCCGCCCUGAUUGAAAUCGGCCAACCACAGGAACUUGGAGAGGCACUAAAAGAAUUUGACAUUAUCAAAACCUUUGAGAAACGCACAUUUGAGUGUCUUGUAUACUAUGGGAUUGGCAGGGUAUAUUUUAAGGAGAACAGGUUUAAAGAUGCACUGGCACAUUUCACAGACUCCAUGCAGAUGGUCACCAAACGGAUCACUCCUGGAAAACUCACCUGGCCGUUGACCAAAGAGAUUGUCAAAGAAACCCAGCUGGACUACUUUAAGGAGUCACUUUUGGAAUUGAUGGCGUCAUGUCAAUUUCCACCUAUGCCAGAUGCAAUUUGUCGCCAUGGAAACUGCAUUGGUCCCAUAAAAACUGCGAUCUACUUCACAGAUCCAGAUUUUAAGGGGUUCAUUCGACUAGUUUGCGGCCAAGGUUGUGUUGUGGAGUAUCACAUUAGCUGUUGGAAAAGCCUCAAGACCGAUAGUAAUGAAAAGGAUUUUCUGCAACGGGACUGUUUGACUCCGGACUGCAAAUCGUCAAUUUGUAGUAUACAAAUCUAUGGUUCUACUGGUCUAAUUAAAUGUAAGUUUGAAACGGUCAUCAGAAAACCUGAGCGUCUCAGGAAGUUCAGAGUGAAUCAGAAAUCUACAAGUCUCAAGAAUCUACAAUCCAAGGAAGAGCGAAAGCUCAGGAGAAAACAAGCGAAGCAAGUAUCCAAAGACACAAUUAUCAGGGACAGCAACGACCGCCAAGAAGAACGAGAUGCCGCCAGAGAAGAGCAGAGUUGCCAGGAAGCGGGCCCCAGCAGCGGCCGCUCCCUGCUCAGGGACCGCGGGCUGUUCCAGCUGCAGCAGAACCGAGAGCUCCUGGGAGAGCGGCGGGGCGACGACCUGCCGGCCCUGGUGGCCCGCCUGAUGCCCUGGGUGGAGCUGGACAGCUCCAAGGGCAACGCGGUGGCCGCCAGGAUCCUGGGCAUGGGGCCCUCGCAGGUGGAGACGCUGGGGCAGGUGGUGGACCUGCUGCUGGAGCGGGAGAACAGAGUGUGGGCCCGCGUGCUCAUCGAGUUCCUCGGCGGGAGCCUGAAGUGGGCCCGGCGGCUGGACAAUGAAGGUCUGAACGCCGCUCGUGUGUUCAUGGAGACUCACGCAGGGCAUUUGGAGUUGAUAGACCCGUCCCCUCUCUUACCCUUUGAGCCGAUGAAAAUGGUGAUGGUGAGGAAGUUUGAAUCCCAGCCUGAGCUCGUGAGGCAGCCUGGCAUCACGUUUCCGCAGUACCUAAAGGGGGCCCCUGCCCAAGACUUGAGGGUGUUUAUCUGGAGCCUUGAGGAGCACCGGGGCCAGUUCGAAUGCUGCCACACUAUGCUCGAUGAGUUCUUUGAUAUUUUGGACGGCGAUUGCGUCAUCAUGAAAAAGUCUGAUAAUUUGAAUGAAAAUAACUCACCUGUUAAGACUCGUAACAAACGCCGAAAAAAGAAACCUAAAGACCAAAAGGCUGUUCUAGUCCCGUCGGGCAUGAGGGGCGGCACGCAGAGACAUGAGCAGGACUUCUUUGAUGAUGAUGACUCUUUGUCAUACCUGGGCUCCGGUGAUCCAUUCAGCGUACCCGAUCACCUGCGAGAUCAAGUGGCGUCUUUUGAGUCCCACUACAAUCCCCCCACCCGUAAGACCAUUCUGGACGACAACCCUGACCCCACCGUGGAGAGCCUGUAUGACUACUUUGCCCAAAUCCUGGAGGAGCACGGCCCCCUGGGGGCCGGGGACCCCCUGCUACUGGGCCAGCUGGACCUAUUCCCCCCCGAGGCUCGGCAGAGGAUCCAGCGCUCGGGGGGCUUCAGGGCCUUCCUGCUGCAGUCACCGCGCUUCGUCCUGAUGGGCGAGCACAUCGGCCUUGACCGGCCCGCCACAGUCUCCCUGCAGGGAGCGUGGGGCCGCGGCCUGGACCACCUGGACGAGCUGCAGCCCCCGAGCCCAGGGCCGCCCGCCACUCCAUCACCGUACGAUGAGUACCAACAGCUACUGGCCCUGCCGUGUCCCUACCCUUAUUAUGCCGACCAAAAGCCCAGUAGCAGGUCGGCAAGCGCGGACUGUGUUUCAAACUCCUCUGGGACGACUGGAAGUGAUGCAGGGGUGAACACCAGUCAUCACUUCAACCACUCCUCAGGAAGUGACUCCGGGGACUUUGAACCGAAGAGCAGCGAGGGCUGUCGAGCCGACCGCGGGGAUGUAGCGGUCAAUGCAGAGAAUGGGCGUGAAUUAAACAAAGUGGCGCAAAAGUACCGGGAUCUAGAUCAUCGGUUACGGUACCUGGAGAGAGACUCUGACCAGAAGGCCGUCCAACACAAAAGCACCGUGGCUGCUCUGGAGAAAGCCAUAGAGGAGACCAACACCAACAUACAAGUGACCCAUAAAGAGGUGGAGCUCUUUCAGCAGAAGCUUGAGGAGAUGGUGAGGAGAGACCAGAAAGAGAAGAGGGCCAAUCAGGAGGAACUCAAGGCCCUGAAGAUGGAGAGCGAGGAGCUGGCGGGGCAGCAGGCCAGGCUCUCCAGAAGUCUGCAGGAGAAGCGUAUCAAGUAUGAUAAACAGCUGAGGGACUUCUGUGAUCUGAGUAAUCAGUCAGCAGCAGAGAAGAUGAGCCUGGAGGAUGAAAUAAAACGAUGUCGGGAUUUAUGUACCAAGGCAGCUGCAAGGUCUCGGAAAGCAGAGCUGUCAACACUGGAAAUCAAUCAAAAGCAAAGCUUGCACUGCCUGAAUAAGUCCCUCUCCGACAGCCUGGAGAUUCUGCUCAAGCUAGAGGAGGUGGCCCCCAGGUAUCCUCCACAGGUCAUGGCCGUGUUCCAGCUGCGAUGGCGGCAGUGUGUCCAGGAGGCCAGAGAGAAGAUCUCCGUGGUGGAGAGCCAGUACCAGGAGCAGGCUGAGCAGGUGAAGAGGGGGGCGAGGCUGAGUGCGCUGCCCCCAAUCCGCGUGCCCAAUGCCCCAGAGCCCCCCGUCGCUGUGACGUUUUCAUCCAUCCAGAAGUUGUCUUUCGCCGAGGGCCACAACGUCCCCCUGGCUCCGAGCCAGCAUCGGCCUGAACCACAGCCAUGUGGGCCCUCGCAGGCCCAGUCCUGGGGGCCCACACAGGCCCAGGCCGCUGAGGCCCCCCAGGUCCCCGUCUACCCACCGCCCAGCCAGAGGAACCGGCCCCUGGAGCCGCAGCAAGCCACCAAGUUUGACAAAAUCCUGGAGCAGCUCAGCAUCAUGUUCCCCGACUACAACAGGCAGGAGUUGAUGAAGUCUGUUCAAACGUUUCGCCGGUCAAACGGCGGCGCUCUGACCACAGUGACCUUUGAAGACGUCAUCAACGGCGUCUCUCAGAUCAUCCUGGACCACCAGGGGUUGGAUUACAGCGCCCAGCCCCCCAACGCAGGAAGCGGUGUGCGGCAGCAGAACGGGACCUCCUCCGCCCUCCCGCCCGCCUCCCACGUCUGGCUUCCGCUGGGAACGCCCAGGCACUGCCCCACCAACGCUCUCAACGUGGGGGACCCGUGUAUCAUCUGCCAUGACGACAUGCCCCCGGAGAGUGUGUGCGUGCUGCAGUGCAGGCACAGCUUCCACAAAGAGUGCAUCAGGUCGUGGCUGAAGGAGCAGAGCACGUGCCCGACGUGCCGGAAGCACGCCUUGCUGCCAGAGGACUUCCCCAUGCUGGCGGGGCGGUGGCCAACGGGGCGCCCCGCGCCUUCCUUCUCAUAGUCAUAAUGUCUGCUUUAUCAUCUAGUCUGCUCUAUCAAAAUGAUUGCAAUGUAUUUGCUUCAGGCUUUUAAUCAAGCGUAUCGUCUUGCCUAACCAUGGUUUUGCUUAUUAUUUUCUUACAACGCUGCAGUUUUAGAAAUUGAUUCUUCAUUGCUUUAUUUUAUUCUUUUAAUCUGAUUUAUCUAAAUUGUUCCUCAAUGUUUCCGAGUCAAACAUGCCUGUGCGGCAAAUAUUGAAUAAACAGCGGUACAUUCCUUCAAAGAAGAUUGCCUAGCGAAAUCAAGUAGGCUCAUGUUAUAUUUCAUGGGCACAUAGGUAAUAACUGACAGAAAAGUAUGCAAUACACAUUCCAAGUAUAUAACCAUUAAAUAAUUUUGUUGUAUACAUCAA